AUGAGCUGGCGAGCUUUGACGGCCAUCGCUCUCACAGCCAUCACCGUCUCUGCAUAUCCCUUCCAAUCAUACAACCACGUCGCUCGUUCAAACAAACACGUCUACUGUCCUCUAUCCGAACUAUGCACAUGGGGAACCUGUACCAGCACCACCAUUGGUCUUGAUCCUAAGAACUGUGGUGCGUAUGGCAACUCAUGCAAGGCGGGAGAAAUCUGUGUCGCAGGAGAGUGCUACCCCUUAGAUUUCGGGAACAACAAGUGCGACACCACAUGCGAGCCUGGUCAGUGGUGCAAUGAUGGUAAAUGUGUUGCCAUUGAGAUUGCGGCCAACUCUCGUAUCUGUGGUAAAGACCACAAAGACUGCGGUGCAGGAGCAGUCUGCAUCAACGGACAAUGCCAAACACUAGACAUCGACCCCAAAUCCAAAUCCUGUGGACCCAAAAAGGUUGCUUGCGAUGCAGGAACCUGGUGCCUCGAUGACUCUUGCAUCCCCUUCAUCCUCGGAACAUACCCUCAGACCUGCGACAAAAAGACCCCCUGCCCGCUGGGCUCAUCUUGCUAUCACGGACAAUGCCAACAAAUCUCCAUCUCCACCGAUAUCUACAAGUGCGGCGAAUCUGCCAAGAGCUGUACCGCUGGCCAACUCUGCGUUUCUGGAUCUUGCCAGUUCCUCUCAUUCACAGAAGAGAAAGAACAAACUGACUCUUGCGGUUCAUCUCAUGGACCUUGUGAUCCUGGUUUCUUUUGCUAUGAGCACGAGUGCCUGCCUAUCAGUAUCUCAACCGAUGGCUCCAAGUGUGGCAAGAGUAAGAAAGGAUGCGGCGCAGAUGAGGUUUGCAUCUCUGGAAUCUGCACCACGAACCUCUUCCGAGAGGUUGACACAACUGUAACUAUCUGCACUGGUGACUCUUCCGGAUCCAGUGGCCGCCGACCAAACUGCCCCUCUUGUUAUGGUGGCACGUCAUCUAACCAAGGAUCCCACGGCAAAGGGGGUUCUUCAGGAAACGGUGGCUCUGGUGGCCACGGCACUUCUGGCGGAUCAUACGAAAACGGUGGUUCUACUGGACGCCCUGGCGGUAAGCCGAACGGCGGUGGCUCAUCAGAAGGAGGGUAUUACAACGAGGGCGGAUACUAUGUGGAUGGCUCUGGAAAGCCCCAGUAUGGUGAUGGUAAUGGCUACUAUCCCGGAACAGGCUCUGGUCGUCCAGGCUCCGGCUACGGCCCUGGAUCUCGCCCAGGCUAUGGCCCCGGUUCACGUCCAGGCUCCGGAUCCGGUGACAAGGGAGGUGCCAGCAACUUUGGGCCCAGUCGUCCAGGCCCCGGCAGUGAUGGUAACGGCUCCCUCACCCCAGCUUGCGAUCCCGAUUGCUCCUCCAAUGAGAUUUGCGUUGCGGGAGAAUGUCUUACCGUCUCCGAUCCUCUGUCCUGUGGUCCUUCUUCCGGUCUCUCACGUCGCCAAACACUGGAAUGCCCACUAGGUUUCGCCUGUAUCAAUGAUCGCUGCGUCCCAGUCGACAGCUCUAUCAGCUGUGGCGGAUCGAAUUGUCCCCUCAACUAUGCUUGCAUCGACGAUGCUUGCGUAGAACUUGGUGAUCCCGCCAACUGUGGUGGCGAGGUUUGCGCCAGCGAUGAGAUCUGCCUAGCUGAGACUUGCACAUCAAACCCGGAUCUCGCCAGCUGUUUUGGCGUUGUGUGUCCCUCUGGACAGAGUUGUCUCGCAGGUGACUGUGUCCCAGGUCGUCCCGGCAUUGAUGGCAACCCUCAGGGUAACGGUGGUCGACCUGGUGGUGAUAUCGGGGACGGAGAUGGACCUGAUGCUCGACCUACUCGUGACGGUGGCCGGCCUGGCGGUGGAGAUGGAGACGGACCCGAUGCCCAGCCAACACGAGAUGGUGGUGACCCUGACGAUGACCCAUCACUAACUGUCACUGUGUCUGGAUCUGUCACAGUUAUUCCCAACCCCGGUGCUACAGAUACAGACGGCACUACAGACGGAUCUUCGGGCUCCACGACUGGUAUCAGCGGUGAGCCUGAGGGCAGCGGCCGGACUUCGACCUUUGGUGUCAUCACUCAGGGCAGCACUACCAUCACGUUUCCCGUCAACCCUACUCAGACCGGCCUUGCCUGUUCAGUCGAUAGCGAUUGCAAUCUUACUGAGGAUAACGGACCAGCCACCACGGACGACUUCCCUGCCCCACCAACCGGAACCACAACCUGUACUACUGACGAAGAUUGUCUCGCUGACAACAACGCCUGUCUUUUCAAUGGCGAGAACAUUUGCCGCUGUGUUGACGGCAUCUGCGUUCAGCAACCCAUUACCGGAGACCCCCAAGGAAGACCUACCUCUACUGAUACCGAAGGCCCUGAACUUACCACUCUCGAUGGGCCAGAUGGUGACCCGACAGCCACUAUCACACUGACCGAUGAUGGCCCCGAAUUGACUACGCUUGAUGGACCUGAUGGAGAACCCACUGCCACGGUUACCCUCACCGGUGAUACUGAAACAACCGACGGUCCCGAAGUCACUACACUCGACGGACCUGACGGCGAACCAACUGCGACUGUUACUCUGACUGGAGACGAUGGCACAACCGACGGUCCUGAACUGACCACACUAGAUGGGACCGACGGCGAACCAACUGCCACUGUCACUCUUACCGACGCUGUCGACACGACCGCCGAUGCGGAAGUAACAACCCUCGAUGGAACAGAUGGUGAGCCCACCGCAACGGUUACUCUCACAGCAACCGAGCCAGCGGCCACAGAGACCGAGUUUCCAUGCACGACAGACGACGACUGUUUGGCGCAGCUUGGCCUUUGCACCACCGAUGGUCUUGUCAAUCUCUGUAUCUGUGUUGAUGCAGUCUGUGUUCUACCUGACGUCGCUACUGAGACUACAACUGCGACAGAAGCUGGUGGUGAACCAACUGAUGCUGCUACCACCACCACCGACGGAGAAGUCGCACCUACACCCACUACCGUAUGCUCUACAGACGAUGACUGCAUUGUCAACGUAGAUCUCUGUGUCGAUGGACUAGUCAAUAUCUGUGUCUGUGUGGACGCAGUAUGUGUCAUCCCCGACCCUGCUGAUUUGACUACAACUGCGACAGAAGCUGGUGGUGAACCAACUGAGGCUGCUACAACUACUGAUGGAGAAAUCGCACCCACACCCACUACUGCAUGCGACACAGCCGAUGACUGUGCUGUUAACGCAGGUCUCUGUCUAGACGGUCUUCUUAACAUCUGCCUCUGUGUCGACGGUGUCUGUAUCGCUGCACCCGACGGUGAUGCGACUACGACGGCAGUGGUGCCCACAGAAACAGCUACAACUCCUUGUACUACAGAUGACGACUGCUUGGCCGAUAUUGGCCUAUGUGUGGAUGGAUUACUGAACCUCUGUGUCUGUGUUGAUGCUGUCUGCGUGAUUGACGGCCCAGGGGGUGGCGGUGAUGGGUCUGCUUGUACUGAAGAUGAUGAUUGCACCAGCCCAGGCUCCGUGUGCUUGGAUACCAAUGUAUGCGGACCGGACCCUGACAACACUGGUACGGAUUGCACCACUGCGGAUGACUGCACUGCCAACGCCGGUCUUUGCCUCUCUCCUCUAGGUAUCAACAUCUGCUUCAGGAUCUAUAUGCCUGGAUAG